AUGGCGGCUUAUGGAGCUCUGUUUUCUCUUAUGCAUAUCAUAGAUCGCCUUGAAAAACAUCCUUCCCCUCCAAUUUCUAUCCACAAACAGCAACUUGAAUCUCUCACUGAAAUUGUUACCUUCUUGCAGGAUUUUCUUGAUGCUUAUAUUUCCCCAGUUGUGGAUGACCAUGAAGCGGAUCCAUUGGAGCGUCGCAUUGCUGAUGCAGUUUAUGCAGCUGAGGAUGUCAUCGAAUCCCAAAUUGUGCUUCAAAUUCAUAACCGAUCCACAACUCGUUGGAAGAUGAUCAAUUUUAUCAACUUGUUUCGAGCUCUGUGUAAAUGCGCAACUAUUGAGGAGGACUUCUAUCACGAUCUACAACAAGUAAUAGAAGAAAUGAAUUUGAUCAAGAAGGAAGCCUUGGAGUUUGCAGCAGCAGCACAACUGCAGACAAAGGUCUCCUCAACUCAUGGUGGCUCUUCUUCCACUGUGAAGGAAAGCAUAAUGGUGGGCUUCGAGGAGGUGUUACUUGAAGUGCUGGAUAAGCUCACCGGAGGCCAGCUGAGUCGCCAAAUCAUCCCAAUUAUGGGGAUGGGCGGCAUUGGUAAGACCACUCUUGCCCGACAUAUAUUUGAGCAUGCGCUUGUUAAACAGCGUUUUGAUAUUUGUGCUUGGACUACAAUUUCUCAAACAUAUAAUGUUAGAGAGACACUUAGAGAAGUUCUUUUCCAAGCAACUGGAAAUUCAGGUAGUGAUCUGAGUGAGGACGAAUUGGGAUUAAAACUAUACCAGUAUUUAUGGGGUAGAAGGUAUCUCAUAAUUAUGGAUGAUAUGUGGAGUAUAGAGGUGUGGGACAAGAUCAGGUCUUUCUUUCCUGAUUACAACGAUGGGAGUCGAAUAAUUGUAACAACUAGGCUCUCAAACUUCACUUCACAGUUGGGUGAGUCAUAUGGCGUUGAUAUGAAAUUUCUAGAUGAGGCUAGUAGUUGGGAUUUGUUCAUCAACACUGUGUUUGGGGGUGAAAGAUUUCCUCUUGAGUUGGUGGAUAUUGGAAAGAAUAUUGUAGCAAAUUGUAAAGGGCUUCCUUUAUCAAUUGCUACAAUAGGAGGUCUUUUGGCAAAAUCUGAGUGCACUAGAGAAUAUUGGCUGCGUAUAGAGCAAAAUUUAAAUUCAAUUGUGAUUACGAAUAAUGAUGAAUUUUGCUUGAAAAUAUUGCGAAUGAGCUAUACCUAUCUGCCCAACUAUUUGAAGCCAUGCUUUUUGUAUAUGGGUGUUUUUGAGGAAGAUCGUAGAAUUCGUGUCUCAAUGCUGAAGAAGCUAUGGGUUUCUGAAGGAUUUUUAAAACCUGUGAGUGGAAAAUGUUUGGAAACAAUAGCAGAAGAGUACUUGAAGGAGUUGGUAGAUAGAAAUCUGAUUUUACUUGACGAGUUGGGGUUUAGUGGAAAUGUAAAGUUUUGUAAGAUUCAUGAUUUGUUGAGGGACUUAUGCUUGAAAGAAGUUGAAAAGGAGAGGUUUUAUCAUAUCAUAGAAAACUCUCCUUCAGUCAUAGAUAACGAACGUCGGAUUGUUUUUAAAAAUGCUGGAAGUAGGGUAAUAAGUGAAGUCUCGGGAUCUUUGUCACAUCCUCGUUCUAUAGUAAGUGAAGUCUCGGGAUCUUUGUCACAUGCUCGUUCUAUAAUAUGUUAUGAUGAGGGGAAAAUCUUUGAAAGGCCUCACAAUCUUAGAUUGUUGAGAACAUUCAAAGCAUAUGAUAGAGAUGCACCAACUCAUACUAUGGGACGUGGUGUUCAUUUCCUAGGCGAUGUUUUUCAAUUGGUGAACUCACGGCACCUUGCUGUUACACUUCAUUGGAAGUCCAAAUUCCCCUCUUCGAUCAAUUUGCUUUGGAAUCUAUAUACGUUGAUAGUUCAUUCUCAGUCUUCACUCGAUAAGUUUUGGGAUAUGAAUGGAUGUAGUAAUAUUGAUCGUGGUUGGCAUGAUCUUAUUGCACCGAUUGAGAUUUGGAAAUUGCAUCAACUUAGGCAUCUCGAGUUUGUGAAAGAAGGAUUGAUUCUACCAGAUCCUCCGAGUGAGAUGGUUAUCAUGGAGAAUCUACAAACGCUCAAGGGAGCAAAGAAUUUGUACUUGAAUGAGGAGGUGGUUAAAAGAAUUCCCAAUGUCAAGAAAUUGCAUCUAAUUUACAAUUUCGAAGAUAUGGAGAGAGCAAUCUGUUUAAGCUAUCUUGAGUGUCUGAGUAAAUUGGAAAACUUGCAGUGCCGCAUCUAUCAUGGAUAUGAUGAGUAUUUGCAGAGGAUUAGUUUCCCACACUCCCUCAAGAAGUUGAACUUAUCUCUCUGUUACCUUGAUGAUGAUCUGGAUUUGGUAGAGAUAUUGGAAAAGAUAGGGUGGUUGCCCCUUCUUCACAAGUUAGUAUUACAAUAUGGUGUCUUCAAAACAGGCAAGUGGGACACUAUCGAGGGCCAAUUCCGGAGCCUCAAGCUACUAGAGUUAUGUAGGUGUAAGGGUCUACAAAAUUGGACGAUGGCAGAGAGCUCCCACUUUCCAGUUCUGCAGGAGCUUCGUCUUCGAAGUUUGGAUAAAUUGGAGGAGAUCUCUUCCGAAGUUGGAGAGAUACCAACGCUGAGAUCAAUUUAUUUGGAAUAUUGCAGUGAAUCAGCGGUAGUGUCAGCUAAAAUAAUAACAGAGGAACAAGAGGAUUUAUAUGGAGACGAACUAGACCUUCAUGUUCGAGUUCUACUUUGGGACAGGGACGAAACUCUGCUGAGCUUGGCAAGUCCCAACUUUGAAGUUACAGUGAGAUCUUUUUUUUUGUAA